AAUAGCCAAGAGAUAGAAGGGAAAAGUGGGAACACACAGAAAGCCAGAGAACCAGAGAGAGAGAGAGAGAGAGAGAGUGUGCUUCUCUCUGCACUUGCACUAUUGCAGGCCUCAGCUUUGUUUGGUUUUGGAUUGAGAAAGUUGAUAUAGUUAGAGAAAGAGAAAGUGUACAUCUUUCUAUCAUAUAGUGUAUAUAUAUAUAUAUAUAUUGCGUGUGUGAGAGAUGCAGCAGCACCUGAUGCAGAUGCAGCCCAUGAUGGCAGCCUACUACCCCAACAACGUCACCACUGAUCACAUUCAGCAGUAUCUGGAUGAGAACAAGUCCUUAAUUCUGAAGAUUGUUGAAAGCCAGAAUUCUGGCAAGCUGAGCGAGUGUGCCGAGAACCAAGCAAGGCUUCAGAGAAAUCUCAUGUACUUAGCUGCAAUAGCUGAUUCUCAACCCCAACCACCCACCAUGUCUGGUCAGUACCCUCCGAGUGGGAUGAUGCAGCAGGGAGCACAGUACAUGCAGGCUCAACAACAGGCACAGCAGAUGACACCACAACAACUAAUGGCAGCACGCUCAUCUCUUUUGUACGCACAGCAGCCGUACUCAGCACUUCAACAGCAGCAAGCCAUGCACAGCGCACUGGGGUCGAGUUCGGGGCUCCACAUGCUGCAAAGUGAAGGCAGCAAUGUGAAUGUGGGAGGAGGGUUUCCUGACUUUGUGCGUGGCGGCAGCUCCACAGGGGAGGGUUUGCACAGUGGUGGAAGGGGUAUCAUUGGAAGUAGCAAGCAGGAAAUGGGGGGUUCAAGUGAAGGCCGCGGUGAAGGGGGUGAAAACCUCUACCUCAAAGUUGCUGAUGAUGGAAACUAGCUAGCUAGCCACCCAAAAUGAACAAGCUUUUCUUAGUUUAAUUAGUUAGGAAGACAUCAAGGGAUAGUAGCUAGCUGCUGCUGCUUAUAUAUAAUGUGUGCUUCAACUUGAGGCAAACGCUUGCCUUGAUGUCUCUACAUUACUAUUAGUAACAUAAAUUAGCACAUCUUCUACUUCCUUGCCUAAAUUUCUGAUCACAUAACCUGUUUUUCUCAUCUCCGAGGUCGGAUUAGAUUUGGUUUCACAUU